UUCGGGUUUCAUAAGUCAAUGUGAAUUGCGCAUUCUCUAUUCGGCUCCCUGAACUGUAUUCUACUUUUUUUUUUGAUGAAGUGUCUAAUAGAAAGUUUAAACUUAAAGCAACCAUUUAACGAGAAGAGAGGAAUUUUUUUUCGUAUCGUUAAUUGAAAAAUAAACAAAGGUGAAGCAAAAUACUUCAGUGUGUCGUUACAUUACGAACGGCAAAUAAUAAUUGGAUAACAUGAGAAAUGAGAAAAGAAAUAUUACCUGACCUUUUAGCAUUUUAGCAUUAAAAGAAAAGGUUUUCUCAGAUAAGUGCAGUGAAUGAAAUGUAAGCCAAAAAGGCAGAAAUAAAGUGUAAAACAUAUUAACUGUGCACUUUGUGUUGAAAAAAAGCAUAUAAUAGGAUUUAAAAAGGAUUAAAAAAUCAGAAAAAAUACAAUUGUUUACUUUAUUACUUAUGUAAAGUGAAGUAAGGAAUGCAAACUUUGAGUGAGAACAGAGGUAAUAAUUUCAAGAAGUAAAGAGAAAACUGCAAAGUUUCAUCAAUGGAUUACUAAGGAUAUUUAUGUUAAACAUCGUAGAUAUUCAAUACAUUUAUUUCCUUUACGACCAACAAUAGACUAAGUGGAUUAUUGGAUUAUUUUGAAAGCACACUCAGCAGAGUUAAAUUUGAAGAUUCAAACAUUGAAGAUAAACAUAAAAAUGCCAACCGAAGGAGCUGUUGAAGAUUGUGGCCCUAGUUCAUUGUCUCGAACAUCAAGAUUGGAGCAGUUUAUGAUUGCAACGAAUUCAGGAUCUUCACCAUCUCAUAGAUCGUCUUCAUCGGGUGGACGAACACCAUCAGCUUCAAGCUAUGAUGGCCAAAUGUCAUAUCAACAUCAUCUUGGUGGAAUGAUGAAUCCCCCGAAUCGAGAACAAUCAGCAUUCGUCCCAGUAUUACCUUCACGUGCUUUAAGACCUGGUUUGUAUCCAAGAAUGUUGGAAUCACCAGAAAAAGAUAUCGCCAGCAAACGUGGUUCAAAUUUCGAAAUAAUGGCGAUGAUGGCCGAUAAGCGAAAAGAAUUAGCAAUAAGAGAAGCAGCAGCUGUGAUGUUAUUACCGAGAUCAAAUCAAUCAAACGGCCCACCACCGGGAUCCUCACCGAGUUUAUAUCCACCAUCAUAUAUAACUGGACCAGGUCCAUCACCCACUGCACCAGGUCCCUUUACAUUCCCAUCAACAGUUGGUCUUUAUCCACCUGGAGUGCCAAACAUGCAUGCAAAUCUCGAUCGUCGAUUACUGCGAGCACCUGGACGAGCGUCACGUCCCAAGAAACAAUUUAUUUGUAAAUUCUGCAACCGUCAGUUUACAAAAUCGUACAAUCUUCUCAUUCACGAACGAACUCACACCGAUGAACGUCCUUAUAGCUGCGACAUAUGCGGGAAAGCCUUCCGACGCCAGGAUCAUUUACGUGAUCAUCGGUGA